GAGACAGCAACAACAAGAACAACCACCACCACCACCACCACCACCACCACCACCGUCCUCCAAAAGAGCAUCUCCAGACUCAAGCACAACAAAAUAUCACAGAACAAAAGAUGUCGUGCAACCUCCUCACCAACCCCUCCUUUGAAACCGGCACCCUCUCGCCGUGGUUCACCACCGUCCCCAACGUGAACAUCGCCACCGUCACGAACGCGACCGCCGCCUACGAUGGCGAGUAUUACCUCGACCUCAAAACCGACUACGGCAACCGCGGGCACUCGAUCGCGCAGACCCUAACAGGCCUGCAGCGCGGCACGGUGUACGACUUCUCGGCGCAGAUCCAGAUCCCGGGGCCCUCGGGGGUGGAAUACUGCUUCGUGGACGCGUACGUCGGGGCGAACGCGACGACGGGGGCGAUCGUCUCGCAGCAGCUGCUGCCGACGGGCGAGUGGACGACGGUGCGCGGGUCGUAUCAGCGCACGGGCCGGCGGGCGGAGGACGUGUUGACGCUGACGGGGUCGUGUACGUCGCCGGGCAGUUCGUAUGUUUGGGAUGUGUUGGUCGAUGAGGUGGUUUUUGGGGCCGCAGAGGGGUGUGUUUGAUUUUCUUGUUCUUGGGGGUUUCGGAUACUAUGCUAUGCUAUGCUAUGCUAUGCUAUGCUAUAGUGGGAUGGGGGUUUGGUUGGGAGGGGUGGGAGGGAUGGGUGGAUUGUAUCCUGGGUUGUUCAGGGGAUGCUUUGGGCUGAGGGGAGAUAGGAUUUAAUGCGAUGAACAUGACUAGCG